CGCGAGGUCCAGCGGAGCGCGCGCACGCUCAUGAACCUGCACAACAACGCCGCCGGGCGCAAGGUGCUGGAGGAGAAGAUGAAGCCGGUGUGCAAGUGCCACGGAGUGUUGGGCUCGUGCACCACCAGGACGUGCUGGGCCACGCUGCCCCAGUUCCGCGAGGUGGGCUCCGCGCUCAAGCGCAAGUACGACGAGGCGGUCCACGUGGAGCCGGUGCACGCCGGCCGCUACCGCCACCGCUACCCCGCCUUCCUCCAGGCGAGGCGCUCGCGCGGCCACCGCAAGCCGCUCCACACGGAGCUCGUGUUCACCGAGAGCUCGCCUAGCUACUGCGAGGAGGACCGGCUGACGGGCAGCGUGGGCACGCGCGGCCGCCCGUGCGACCGCACGUCGCCGCACGCCGACGGCUGCGAGCUGCUGUGCUGCGGCCGCGGCUACGACACGCCGUACACGCGCUCGUGGCAUUGCAAGUGCGAGUUCCGCUGGUGCUGCUACGUGCGCUGCAGCACGUGCAGCGAGGGGGCGGAGGAGUACACGUGCAAGUGACGGCGGCGGCGGCUUGCUGGGAAGCUGGGGCCCCGACUAAUCCGCCGGCUCGAUCGCUCGCCCCGUCGACUGUCGGCCGUGGCCCCCAUGGGCCUCGCCCCUGGCAACAACAAUCAUGGCCGGACAAAAUUGUCAGCGGAUGUCGCUGCCUGAUGGCGCGGCUGUCGUUCCGCACCUCGCAGUUGCCCUCAACUCCCCUCCCUCACUCCACCCCACCCACCGCCACCCUGCGUGAUUGCCGACGGGGUGGGGGGGGGGCGCCAGGCGGAUCCCUGCAAGAGUGAGAUCUGCAAUCGGCUCCCGA